GAAUAACUUCGUUUUUCAUAAAGCUAUAAAUCGCAGUUUUCUCUGGUGCUCUCCACCCGGAGUAGCAUUUUAUAUUUUUUAGAUAGUUUAUGCAGAGUGGUAAUACAAGUACGAACACACAUAAACCAAUAACAAAAGAUAGCUGGUUGAGAGGAUAAUUUGUGAAGUUCUUUUCCCGUACCUCAAUCUAUCGAACUGUGAUCGAACUCUCGAUACGAUAGCCAAAGCGGUUUGAUUUUCUAACCUCAACAAGUGCACUGCAAGCUAAAAGCCGUUUUGUUUUUGUGGCCUGAAGAUUUUUAGAAGCAAGACAAAAUAGAAAACACUUGCUUGUGUGUAUUCAAAAGUCAGUGAACGUUCGUCAUAAUGAAUGAAGUGUUGCUUAGCGUAAACACAGAAGAUUUGUGGAACCCUUAUAAAGAACUCAGAGGAAUAAUCUGGAAGCAUUUAAAUGAACCUGCCGAGGAUCUACUAACUGGAGAGCUAGAAACCGCUUUGCGGAAACACAAGCAAAACUUUUACUCUCUAUUGCAGAGUCCACCAAAAAAUCCAAAAUGCAGAGAAGACUUGAAACGAGGGAUGAUUGAAGGCAUUCACAUCAAAGGCAUAGGUCAUCAAGUUUUAUCCAAAGAGCUCUACCAAGAAGCCAUCAUUCUUUCAGACAUGUUUGAUAUCAACGAAUUUGUAGCUUUGGAUUUGCUCUGCACAGCACAACUGCAAAUGCCUUGUUACCCUUCUUUACCCAGAGGUCUAGUUGCUGUGCUGUUGUACUAUGAUGGCAGAAAAGCACUGGUGUCAACGCUGUUAUGUUUGGUACAAGCUCGGAUAGGUGUACAGUGGAGUGUCAAUGUCAAACUAGAUACAGCAAGAUUUGUUACUGACUAUACUAAUCAGCUUAUGGAAGGAGGAAUCUUUAACAGGAUCUUUGAGCUUCUCAGGACCUUGGAUCUCAGCAAGGAGUUGGAAAAAUUACAGCAGAAUCUUGCUUUGGGAGGUCCCAGACACAGACGUCAAGUUAUAGAUUUAUUCAAUGAUAUCAGAUCUCUCUUAGCUGAGAUAGUUUUUACUUGGGCAGCACAAAGCGGUUUGCCAAAGGAACCUACUUUAGGGCUGAUAAAUCAUUUGAAAGAAGUUAAAAUUGAAGUAGAAGCUUCUGGUAAAAUAGAUGAUGUAAAUCUCUAUCUAGAGAUGGCUCUUUUAUCAGCUUUGGACCUGAGCAUACUACAUAGUCGUGAAGAUGGUGAAGAAGUGGUGCAGAGGUUGCCUAUUUUAUCAGACCCUACAUAUAUAUCUACAAUUGUCAAUGAAUUUACACCUGAUAAGCCAAAGUGGGUGUCUGAUGGCUUACAAGCCCUGUCUACCUUUGGCCUUGCUGUUUGUAUCAGUCUCUUAAGAGAUGUGCCACAAAGCUUCAAAUAUCAAGAUGCCAUUAAUAGAGAAGAUGCACUGGCUGAUACUGCCAUUGAGAUGAAUGUGUUUACCUUUAUGCAUACCAUCUUUUUGGAGAACAAAACACUGUACAAAGAGCCAUACUUGUACAAGCGUUUCCACAAUUUACUUUCAGAUUUCAUUUUUUCUAUGUAUCCUAAAGUGAAGGACUUGAGAAUGAAAGCAGAUGAAAUUGCAAGAACUAUGCAAGUUUACAUCAGGGAGGGCUUGGAAGCGCCUGCUCACUUGCCAAGAUAUUUUGAAUAUCUGUUGCUGACUGUUGGAAAAUUUUAUUCCAAUGAUGAACUAAACACUGACUAUGUCUUAAGCUACUGGAAUCCAACUGAAAUCAAUGUCAACCAAAACUUAUCAUACAGAGUACCUCCAAGAUCUGUUUCUUUAUUCAAGUUCAUAAGACUAGCAGGUGAUGUGCUCCCACCAACUUUAUUCGUCCCAUACAUCAAGAUGUUAAGUGGUCUGUCUUCAUCUCAACAAACAGCAAGACACUGUUUCAACAUGCUAAAACAAGUUGGCACUCAGAUAUCAGAGAAUCUCUCCUGGGAUCACUUCUUCAUGUCAUUCUCGCAGUACUACAAUAAUCUAAGAACAGAAACGCCACUACAGACGGAUACAGUUUACAGAAAUCGGCCUGCCUUCCACAAAGGUGUUUCACCUCAAGAAAUAGAAGGUUUACAUACAGUAUUGCUACUCAUAAGGACUGUAGCCGAACAUGAUGAGUUUUCUCGGUUGGCAUUAUGUGAACAUCCUGGGUGGUCCCCUCUAACAAUUCUGCUGGGCUUAGUAAGCUGCUCCAUACCGAUCCCUCUCAAGGCUGAUCUGUUACUAACACUUGCAGCACUGUCCAAGUCAUCAGAGAAUGCGUCUCAGAUGUGGGAGAACCUCGAAGCAUCCCAGAUACUUGUUACAAUCCCAACCACUUCGAGUUAUGCACCAAGAGGUAUCCAAACCGAAUUGGAAGAGAUAGAAUCGCGUAUGGAAGAAUAUCCGCUCACUAGAGCCUUUUUGAAGCUGCUCGAUGUUUUGACUAGUUUCGGCAUUCCUAGAACCCUAGGUGCUGGGCCGCGGAGGCCAGGUUUUGAUCCAUAUCUGACAUUCAUCAUGGAGUCUGUAUUUUUGAAGUUCGCUUCAAGGUCUUACAGGGAAGGCACGGAGAAAUGGGAAGUUGCACUAUUAUGCUUGCAGUUGUUUGAGAAGUUUUUGUCACAAUACGAUCCGAAAUUUACCGAUUUUCCCAAAAAUAUGCAAAAAGAUUUCAACUCGCCUCCCGGAUUCCACUUGAUGCUCCAUUUGAACAGCAAGUCAGAACUAUUCAACAUCAUCAUGGACAUCAUUGAUGAAGGCACCAAAUAUUUUGAUACAUACACCAGCUUUGAUGGUGAAGAAAAGGUGAAAAAAUGUACAUUGAGUUGUAUGAACAUCAUACUAAGGGUCUUAGUUCUGCAAAGUAAGUUCAGCACUCUGUUGUCUGCAUCCUCAGCAUCCCUUAUGUUGACAAGCAUGAGUAAGUUGCUUCUUUCAAUAAAUAGAAGGAGCAGUAAACCUGAUCAUUGUAUCAAUAUUGCUAAGUAUAUCACUUACCAACCAUACCUGAUGGAACAUAGUCUAGUUACUGUGAAAGUCUUAACAAACAUAACUAGCUCGCCAGUUGCCCAUAGUCAGUUCAUGACAAUAUUGCUAGCAAUGGAUGAAAUUAAGGAUUCAAUACGUAGCGGAUUUGUUGAAAGUCUGGACAAUUCUUUUGAAUAUGAAUUAGCUGAAAACACAAAAUUGGAAAUCCUGAAAUUAUUGAAACAAUGCUUGCAUCAUAACACUCCAAAUUUGACACAUUUUCUAAUGGGUUUCGAUAUAAAGAGGGACGUGGCAAAGACUGAAUUUCAGUUUCCAGGCGUCAUGGGUUUCCCAAGAACCUGCUUACAUUCUAUUAUCUCAAUAAUGGACGGUGCAAUCAGUGGUUUUUCUACGCCACCUUCAUCUACCAUUCUGGAGUCAACAUAUCAUUUGUUGUAUUUACUUUCUGCUGAUACAAAAACAGCUCACCCUGUCUUGAGAUUUAUCAGACUAAAUAAAACAUUCUACAAAGAUCAUUUGAUAAAAGCAUACAUCAACAUCGACCAAGGGUUGACAAUUUUCAACCAACUAUCGUGGUUGAUGAAAACACUUGCCGUUGAGCUAAAGAUUGUGAGUGGUAUCAAACAGAUAUCGUACCUGAAACAAAUGACAACUUUUCUUGUUGGUGUCCCGGUAGAAGAUGAAAAGACAAGCAAUAUGUUUUCGUUGGUCCAGCAAAGUUUGCUAGAAAGCAGCAAAAUUAUAAUGUCUGAUGAUAUCAAAAUGGACAACUUCAUGUCCUCCCUGGUCAAGCACUUUGAAGUCAAUGCACCAGAGGUGGUGCAACCCACAUUUGAAUUCUUUGACACUACAGUACUUAACCAAAUUUUGAAGAACUGUCAGACUACAGUAUCACCAAAGUUAAUUGAUCUGAAGAGACUUCAUCAAAUACUGCAAGAUGAACUAAAAUCAUUACAAGGCACUACUGUUAUGGGACAGAUUCAAGCUAUAACCCAAGAGAUUCCCAAAGUGCUCAAAUACGCCUUGGAAAUAAAUAAAAAGAAUGAAACAUGUGCUGUCAUUUGUCAAUUCGUCGAUGCUUGGAGGCACGUCGCUGAAGUUUUGCUGUUAUAUAUACCCAUAGAAAUACUGUCACUUUUAGAGCAGCAAGUUGUUAGUAUUUCGUUAUUGAAGCAUUUACUUAAAAAUAUCGCUAAAGCUCAACUACUGCCAGAUGUAUCAAGGUAUAUCUCCGGAGCCGUGCUAAUAUUCAUGGAUAGUCUGAAAAAAUGUUACGUGAGAAACAGGAAACUUCAAAAGAUAAUAGUAGUCGACAAUGACACAAAGACGGACGUGAUCAAACUAUACACAGCGCUGUUGAGGGAGAUACUCGAAAAUCUGGUCGGAUGGAUUAUGGUGUCAGACGUUAUUGAUAGUGAGUUGAGAGUAAACUUGUAUUCGGCUCUUAUCAUAUUCUUGCAACUAACAAAUAUGGAUGACGACCACGAGGAAAUCGUACAUAACGAAAGUUUAUUUGUCAGCCGCCUAGAUAGCUCCAGAUUCAGUUUACACAGCAAAGAAUUGCAACUUCCAUUCUCACGUGACGUUUUAACUUCUUUUGGGGACAAGCUGAUCGAAAUAACCUGUCACGAUUGUAUCGGAGGUCAAGAGAUUUGUAAAAUACUAGCAAUGUCCACUUUCAGCCAUUUGAUAACAGUAACUGGAAAUAUGAACUGGAUCAUGCACAUUUCGGGAAGAGGAUAUUUGAAACACAUCAUCCAAAGUAUUAAAGAUAGCGAGGAAGAUCUGAAAAACAUGUUGGAACCUCAAGCAGAGUCAAUCAAGCCAUUAUAUCUGUAUAUGGCGAAGCUGAUGCUACUAGCAAAGUUAGCGUCGACGAAACUUGGAGCAGAGUUAUUGCUGGAGCAGAAAUUUUUCACGGUUUUCAGCAAUAUGGAAGUGUUCACGUAUCAUCCCGAAGUCACAAAAGCGUGGCAGGAGGAAAAUUUAAUGGAGGAUUUCCUACCACCAACGGAACAAAAGUUUCUGCAAAUAUGGACACCGACACUGAACAUUAGUAACGCAGUGCUGACCACACUCGGUACUGAGAAUCACUCAGCGGUUGCGCAGAUCAUGCAUUUCCUGUUAAAUCAUCUUGAUGGCAUAGAAUUAGUGCUACGAUCAGGAAGUCCCGAUAUGUCAGCGAUGAAUCUGAAAGAAUUGGCGCUGCUGACAUCAGUAUUGGCACGGACAGCCAACAAUAACUUGGUAAACAUUCUAGAAAAUCCGAACAUAGUUCAUAACAACAGGGCGAAGCUCUUCAGGAUACAGAAAUUGAUGUUAGCACUGUUGCCAAAGUUCAUUCUGUCUGAUGACACAGUCAAGCGACUGUUGAGUGCUUCUUCUUCGCCUGCACUCACAUUCCAGACUUCUGAUAGGUUGCUGUAUGCCUUACAGGUGAUGGCUAAUUUGCUGUUCUACGCUAGAAAUAUUAUAGCUAACAAUGGGGUAGAACAUGGUAGCAUAGGUGUGAUAUUUCACCCCAGCCUCAAGGACCCUCUAUUAUCAUUAUACAAGAAAGACUCUGUAAACACUGCAGAAGAUAUGUCCUUGGGUAUCAUUGUACAGCAGCUAAUUAGUGCAGUGAACUACCAUCAUCAGGAAAAAGUGACUCACGAUCUGUUGGUCAGAAAAGUGAAAGAGGUGUCAGACAUGAACAGUUUGGAACUCACACAAUUUAUCAACGACAGCUCAGAUGACGUAACAGAUUUGAUAAGUAAAAGAGAAAAAGCAUACGACAUUCUGACCGACCGGCUCGAGAAGAAAAAGAAAGAAAUCAGUUAUUGUGCGUUUAUCAUUGAACAUUGCUUGUAUCUGAUAUGGUCCCAUCUCGAUUUUUAUAUGCUGAAAGCAAUUCCAAAGCCUAGGAAUCUUGGAACAGCUAUUCCAAAUGCUUCUUUAACUUCUGAUCCUACACUAGCGUCUGCUUCAGAAGCUACAUGGAAGGUAUGCACUGAAACUGUCAGUAAUCUCAAACAAGGUCUAGUUUCUCUCUUCAAUGAUAGUUUCAGUAAACAGCUUUUGGAAACAGCUCAGGAUCGCACAGAGUUGGAUAAAGGACUUGUCGAGGCCUUAUUGAGGAAAAUCAAGCGUCUGGUACAGUUUGUACCGGUGAAAUAAUUGAAAGAGAAUUUGAAUACCUGAAUUGAUAAGAUAAUCCUUGUAUUAGUACGGGAGACAAAGGUAAAAAACCGCCAUGUCUCUAAGAGAUUUUAAUAUACUUGAGCGUUUCCUGUAUAUAGUCAAUUUUGUUGCAUUUAUAUUUUAUAAUAAAAUUGCAUUAUCGCAUUUUUUGCUUUC